AUGCCGUUCGACGCUGCCAACUACAACUCGUCCGACGUAGAGCCCGACGACCCGCCGCCGCCGCCACGACUGAAGAAAUCCGCUGGUCAAGCAUCGAUCGAACGCUACGCCGCCGAGGCCGAACAUGACCGCAACACCUCCAAGACGACGAUCAGAAACCUCCAGUUCGGCGGAGGAGGCGCUCCUAGCACGCGGGACCAUGAAGCGUUCCUUCUAGGCAAACUCACACUGAGCGCCGGCAAGCCUGCACCCAGCGCUAGCUCCAUGUGGGCCGGGUGUGCUACGAUUAUCAGAUACGGCAGAUGGCAAUGGCGGGACUUCUCAUGGGACUCUCACGACACGCAACGUUUCCGGACUUUCAUGGACCAGCUAAUCGCCGACCAACGCCUGAUGACGGGUACGUGGCACGAGAAGACCUGGAUCGGCUUCGUAACGCUUUCUCGCCUCGUCCGUGACUACUUCCAACACUGGCUCGAUUACGGAUGUAACAACUUCGACCUUGUCGUCUCCGACUGCUUAGCGAUAGUACUUCAAGCGGCGCUGGGCUGCCGGGUAGGCGACGUCGCCCGUACCUCUGGGUACAGCAACCAGGAGGCGAUGCGAUAUGAGCAUGUUGAGCUCUACCUUGUAGGCGACGCUCCUACAAUGGCGGGGGAGGUGACUUUGGCGGACCUGAGGGCGACGGUCGAGAUAGCAUAUGCCAAGGGUCACAAGAUGCAGCACAACACCUCGAUGUUCAAGCACCUACAACCUCUACUGGAGAGUGAAUGCCACCACGUCUGCCCGGUCACGCUCCUCCUGAUCCAUGCCCUCAGGCACGGCCUACUUGACGGUGGAGACACGAUUCAAGCGGUUCUCGACCACGCCAGCACAACACCCGGCCGUCGUCUAACUUGGAAGUUUCCCAAGCGGCCUGUUCUAGUCGGCAAGGCCGCCGACGGGUGGGCAUGCGACCUUGAUGUACCAGUAGCCACCUGGCGCCCACUACAGACUAUCAAGGCGAUGGGUCUGAUCUCCGGCAUGCUAACCCGCGCUUACACUCACGCACUUCGCCGCGGCGCUGGAAGAGAUCUACGUUCUCUCCCAGACCCAGCCGCCGGCAGUCUUACUGCUGAGGACGUCCGCCGCUCAUUCGGCCAUUCUUUCACGACUGCAUUCCACGGCCACACCGACGAAUAUAUCGGCGACACAAACUUCGACCUCUACUCACUACGCGCUCACGAGAAGCCGGUUUAUCCUCGAGAGCCCAAGUUCGUUGCGCCUGGGACUAUCGACGUGUACCAUACUGUACGCGCUCGCCCGACAUCUUCCGAGCUCGCGCCGCACCUUUACGACGACGAUACCGGACAGCAAAGGAGUAGAAAGGCGGCGGUCGCCCGACUCCGACAACAGCGCUUCGGGGAUAUUGUGGCGAGCGCGACCCCCGAGCCACGCAGCGGGCACAAGCGCAAGGCGGACGAGCUACCACCCGAGUUAUUACCAGCAAACACGCUUGGGUCAUCGAUGCCUCUCGCCGAACUUUCGACCAAUGCCCCAAGGACUCGUAAAGCCGGCCCUUUGACCGACUUGCCGAGCGUUCGAGACAACGCUGACGAGACGACGACUAACCGACAGUUGCUCGAUGAAGACUCCCUCGACACGACUACCGUUCAGCAAGCCGACCUUGACCGACUAGCUACACAAAUCUUCCUACACGGAGAUGGUACGCCUAUCGACGACAACGGAACGACGGUACAGGAUGAUCAGCAAGAUGAAAGCGCGAGGCUACUGCUUGGCGAGCUGCUAGACGACAGGCAAUCGUCCCAGCGCCCAGACGACUCUUUGGUGACGUUCAUCGACCAAUAUUCGCGGUACAACAUCAUUUGCUACACCCCUUUUGCGAAGAUGUGGGCCACCGGGGACACAACCGCCUUCGAUAAGGGCAACUCUCGAGAUAAGCCAGCUCCAUUCAUGUUCCGGUGCACGAUCUCACAGUGCCGCGACGAGUUCUUGACGAAAUCAGAGCUUACGCACCACGCUAUUCACUGCAACGGCGAGGGCCGCCAGAAGCUCAAGAAUGACAUUGCAGCGGCAUGGUCUUUACGGUGGUCAAACAUGGACGUUGAUGAGCGGGCUGCCCGACAGUGCGACCAUGCCGAAUGCGAUUAUGUCGACACGGACCCGGGCCCUACUGUCUACGACGGGCCGACACGCCUUACUGGCCGCCUACGAAGUCACCUCGACCGCUCCCACAACUCGAAGUUCAUCCCGAAGACAUGCCCACAAUGUCCAAGCUCGACAAAAGUGUACCAGACCCGCGACUCGUUAGCGCAUCAUCGCCGGAAGGACCAUAGUGGUCGGUGGCCUACGGCGUGCCGCGUCCCGGACUGUCGGGAGACUGAGCUAUUCUCCUCCGCGUACCGGCUAGACCAUCAUAUGCUGUCAGUACACCAGAUCCAAGGCGACGCUAGGCUUCAGUAUUACCCCCCCAAGUCGGCGCAUGUGAAAUCGGACCAGCGCAGGCGUCUCAGCGGUGAGCAGCGAUCCGAUUCUACAGACGCCCACCGGCCCCCAACGACCGCGGGGGGGACGCCCCUUGGUGGCCAGAAAACCCAGUCCCAACGAAAGAGGGCAUGGCCGACGACGAUCACUUGCUGGAGAGAAGGAUGCAGCACGAAGCACACGAACCGUUGGCGAGCAUUGCGUCACUUUGAAAACGUCCAUAAGCUUCAAACGCAAGCUGCAGAGGCAGAAGUGGACGCUAAGGUGGCGGAGUUGCAGGGAGAAAGCGAGAGGCGUGCUCGAGUUGCACGACUCAGGCAUCGAGUUGACCCAUCCUCCACUGCACAACGACUACGGUUUCCACAGAUCAGAGGACGGCGCGAUCCAGAACGUUGGGCGAGCUUGCUAGAGGGUGGCUUGCCACCGCACCUUCGUGACCAUACUGGACCGCGUGCCGAUCUGACUCCCAAUAUUGAGGACGUCGCAGAGAUCCUAUUGGCUGCACAAGAGCCUGUCUACGCAGACGUCGACUUGCUGUACUACCUGGCGGUAGAAAAGGAAAGAUGGGACGCCGUUAUAUGGCUGGUCAAGCGGCUUGUCGAAGCCUUCGGACCUGAAGUGCUGAGAGAUGGCCGCCUGCAUCACGUUGUUGGGCAGUGGGAGAGUGAGUCUUCUCUAGACGCACUCACUGAAGAUAAGAUCGCUGUUGAGGAUGCCCCUGGCCCUGAAGCAAGUCUUAUCCCUUCGGCGCCCGGCCAAGCUACUUUGGACCAGCUUACAGGCGACAAGCCCGAUAACCUCAGCCGAGGUGAACGACUUGCUCACAACGCACUUGGUCAAAUCUGGCGGAGUCUGGGACACAUGGUGACAGCCUGCGCCGACACAGGAAUCAAGGCUGAGAUCCUCGAAAUCAUUGCCCAUUUGCACCACAUGGGCAUUAUGCCUGCAUCUAUCUACAACCAGAAGCCAUCCACGGAUUCGACAAGCAUUCAGCAGCCUCCCACACUGAACCUGCUUUCGUCUCGGAUAUUGAUAUCUCUCUCGGACGCAGCCUGGAGAGCACACGAGAGGUCGAACAACCGGACGGCUCGUCUAAACAGUAGCCCCGACGACUCAUCACGGCCCGCCAAACCCGGUUCACGGUACAAAGUCAACGUCGCUGGGCUGAGGCCGGAGGUAUGGCUAGAGCUGAUUUUGUGGGCAUGUCUGCACGGCGGGUGGAUCAAGGAGGGUGCCGAGCUGCUCGAUGCAUCAUAUACAGCGGGCUGGAAGCCAUUUGCGUGGCGGUCUAUGGUGCCAGAAGACAAUGGCAGCACUCCAGAUUGGGACAAAUUGGAGUAUGCCUUUAACACUCGUCCACCCUCAGCCAUGGAUGAGCCGGACGUUCCAAUAGAAGCUCCAGUGCACAGGACAAUUAGUAGCGAGGUCAUCAAUGCUUAUAUUGAUGCGUUGGCCAGUUCCACACGGCAGGGCGUUGGUGAGCGAGGGUUGGCCGCCAGCUACGUGAUUGAACGCAUCCUGACCUUGCAAAAGCUCCUCCGGCGUGGACGACUGUCGCUUGGAGCUGGCUCCUGGGAUGCUGUCCUCCUUCGGCUUGCGGAUCUCCAUGGUGAACGCAUAGAUCAUGGUGUCGAAACAUUCAAAUCGUUGAGCAAGCUAUCACCCAGGAUGGGCGCUGAGCUAAGCUUACCGUUCGGACGAGACGUACCAGAGUACGUCUUCGACGGCAGCGCUGCGAUCGUCGGACUUCACCAUCGAGCACUUCGCUCGCGAAUGCACGCCGGAGACGUGCGUGGCGCCUUUGAAGUAUUCAGAUCACUUCAAGAAUUCGCGGACAUCAACAAGGAACGGUCGGUCUGGGACUUCACCAAAGACCGGGCUCCCAGGAAUCAGGACAGAGCAGAAUCCGAGACGUUCACCAGCAAUUUUCCCGGCAUCGCAUACCCUGCAUUCGAGAUGCAGAUACCGCCUACUAUCCUUGGCCCCUUCCUUGAUCUUGUCAUUGAUGCUGGCGCAUAUCAAUUCGCGACCUGGAUGGUCUACAGUACGGAAAUCGACGGGCCCGUAAUUCCGGCGCACUUGUAUACGGAUCCUGCUGUAGCCCCAGCACUCAUUCGAUUUGCUUCCGAAACGGACGACAGGUCGCUGCUGUCCAAGAUCGUGAAUGCACGCAAGGCUUUGGCCAGUUAUGAGCACCCCUCUCUACCGCCGGACUACCUCCGAGCGUUCUUCAGGAGUCAAGUCGAACGAAAAAACUGGGCCGCAGCGGGCAAGAUUUUGACACACGUACACGAGAUGUCAGCAUAUGGGUUGGACAUAGGCAGUAUCGCUCAUGUCACUCGUGCCAUGUUACAAGAGUAUGGAAUCGCCAGGAAGGACAGCGAAAGGACUGUCGAUCAAGAUCCCAAGACUCUCAACAGCGAGGAAGUUCGCGAGGACAAGACAACCUACCGAAAGAAGAAAGGCCACCAGGACAGUGAAGCUCGUCGAGAACAGACGGUCGCCCAGAACAAGCAACCUUUCCAAGACUUCAGCCAGGCCAGAGACUUAUUCACUACGGCGAUUCAGAUCACUUAUGAGCAAAGUCAAGACUUCCGGGAUCAAGUGGCUACUCUGCUGAUAGUAUUGUCUCGUGCUGACAACUACUGGGCUGGGUUCUGCAAGGCGCUCAUGCCACAACAGGCGUAUUACAGGUGCUACAUCAGUACCAGAGCAUUCAACGAAAUGCUGAAAGGUAUCAUUGGGGCUUUUGGGGCUGCGAGAGGUCGUAGUGUGAUAGAUGCCUUCUGGUCCGGCCCCAUCCAGGAAGCACAAAGCGGAGAUAUGCCAGCUCACGACGAGGACGUUGGAGAAGUUCAGAUGGCUAGAUUCGAGCCUUUUCUUGCCGAGGAGGCGGCUAUCCGGAAUGUCGUUACCCUUCCGACAAACCCACAAAGCGAGCUUGUCGUCUACGGCGGACUUCAGCCGGACUUGACGACAAUUCGCCUGGUGCUCAGGUCCGCGCUCGACGAGAUCAAGGAUGCGCAAAGACAACAGCGUGUCCGCUCCAAUGCACCUGCACAAUCUUCGCCUAUGGAGGGGAUAGAGGCGCACGGUCAAGACAGUGUGCAGUCUCAAGGACUUGAAGCGUCUGCAGCUCUUGAGCCGUCCGCGCUCGAGACCAUCGUUUGGGCUGCUCGCAAACUGCUGUCAUUGGGCGUGAAAGAGCCCGAUGUCAUGGAAGAGCUUGAGGCUACGCUAUCAAAGCGCGAUCUCUCACGACUGCACGACCGACUCGCCGAAACGCUGCGGUUCGACACAAGGAGCGAGGAACACCGGGCUCUUGGGGAAUUGAAAGCUGCUGAGCGUAUGGACGCUACCAGUCCUUGA